AUGACUAUAAAUCUGGAUGUAUGGGACCUCAAGAAUCAGCGUACUUUACUCCUUAAGUUGAUAAUUAAACUCUUUGCUAGACUUAAGAUUGCUAAAUAUUAAAUACCUCAUAGUAAGAUUGUUAAUAUUGAAAAAAUAUUAGUUAGAAAUUCAAUAUUAAAAUGGUAUUUUUUACGAUUAAAAGUAAAAGUAAUAAAACAUCUAAUAGAAAUUUUAAUAGGCUAAUUAUUACCAAAAAUAAUCAUUAAUCAAGCUUUAUUAAUUGCUCUAUUAAAACAAAUAUUCUUAAAAUUAUGUAUUUCAAUAAAAAUAAUCUAUAACUAUUUAGUAAAUAUUUAUUUAUAAUAGUAAAUAUUUUAAUGA